GCCGCGCCAGUUUUGCCACUCUGGCAAUUACCGGCGAACUCGGAGGGGUCUGUGGCAAAACUUGGCACAUCUAGUAGUAGGUGGAGGCUAACUCAGACAAUCUGUGACAGAUUUUCUUCACAGAUUCGCCAUCAAUCUGCCGCUCAGAUCAGUAAUACUAAGUCUAUCUCUAUGUUUUUACCAGAUCUUAAAAUGUCUGACGAAAAGCAUCCUGGUGGCCGCCCACCAGCUAGAAUCAUCACCGAUAACUCCACGGAACUCGAGCGAGUCAAUAACAAGUCUCGCCGAAAAUUCUGGAAGUGCAAUUAUUGCACUCCAACCAGUGGCAGUGGUCAACGCAUCGAAGGCCGAGAUAACUGCUGUCUCUUACACCUCACAAACCCAAAAGAGUGCCCGGAUGCUCCAUCAUCCACUCGCAACGAAGCUCGCAAGGUCUUAAUGCAGAAAGGUGCUGCAAUUGGCCAGACAGAAGCACCACUUUUCCAUGACACAUCAGCUUCGGAAGGAAUUGUUCCCGCAGCUUUCGAAGAUGACAUUCAGCAGGUUGGAUCUGACUCGGAGGAUGGUUUGUCUUGGGAUGUGCAGUCUCUGUUGACUAUGAAGGGUGUCUCGUCGAUGUAAUAAUAAGUAGUAUUAUGCAACGUUGAUGUGACGUGUCUGGGAGUUUUGCCAAGUUUUGCCGGUGCACCAAGUGCCAGUUGUGCCGGCACUUGGUCACAACUCAGCCCAAAGUAGUUUUGCCCCCUGCACUAACCAGAGGUCAUCGUGGUCGUCGGGUAGUGACUGGCGAACCAGAACCAUGUUGAAAUUUGACUCAACACCACAAACAGCACGCGCGAAGACGAGAAACGACAUAAUCUUAUCUCAAAUAUGAUUGAGCAAAAACACGAUGGGUUUCGACGCGAGAUGUGCAUUAAGCAAUAGAGAAAAAAAGGGAGUGAAUCACAACACUUGCAAAUAAAGCCAAGUCAUCAUGAUCGCUGGCGACGGUGCCUAGUGACAGAUCAG